AUGUACAUUUGUUUGGGGGCAUUGAAGCAAGGAUUCAAAGCUGGAUGCAGACCAUUGCUAGGCUUAGAUGGGUGUCACCUCAAGAGUGCUUAUGGUGGUCAGCUGUUGUCAGCAGUGGGGGUGGAUGCUAAUAACACAACCUGGGUGGUUGCUUAUGCACAAGUAGAGAUGGAGAGUGAAGGAAAUGGUUUCACCUUCAUUUCAGACAAACAAAAGGGGCUUCUACCUGCAUGUGAAGAUGUGGUGCCACUAGCUGAUCACAGGUUCUGUGUUAGGCACUUGUGGACUAAUUUCAACAAGCUAUUCCCUGGCAAGGUGAUGAAGGACCAACUGUGGGCAGUUGCCAAGUCCACAACCAUGGCUUAUUACCACAAAGAGAUGGUUUUGAUGAACCAGAUGGAUUCAAAGGCUCAUAAAUGGCUAAUAGGUAACAUAAUUAUGCUAAUAACUCCUGGGUGGUUGCUUAUGCUUUUACCUUCACAUUACUUAUGCAUUAAUGUCAACUGUUUUACACUUUGCAGAGCCCACUUCAACACCGUUUUGAAGUGUGAUGUGUUGUUGAACAAUCUUUCAGAGAGUUUCAAUGCCUGUAUCCUACCUGCAAGGUCCAAACCAGUCAUUACAUGCUUUGAAGAAAUUAGGGUGAGGAUGAUGAAGAGGAUUGCAAUCAGGAAAGAGAAGAUGAGCAAAGUUAUGGACCCUAUCUGCCCCAGGCCAAGGCAGAUUCUGGAGAAGAACAAGGUUAAAUCUGCAACAGGUUGCAUCCCUAAUGGGACUGGGAGCCACAAAAUUGAAGUGGAGAGCAUUGGAGGCAGCAAGUAUGUGGUGGAUCUGGGCAGAAGGGCUUGUGCUUGUAGGAGAUGGGAUCUAACUGGGAUCCCUUGCAAGCAUGCCAUAUCAGCCAUCAACUUCAUGAGAGAGAAGCCUGAAGAUUAUGUUGAUGCAUGCUACCUGACCAAGACUUACAUGGCUGCUUACUCUAACACAAUCCAGCCUGUAAAUGGGAUGGACUUGUGGAUCCCAAGUGAAGAACCUGCCAUCCUACCCCCACAGUACAACAGGCAGCCUGGAAGGCCAAGGACCAAAAGGUUUAAGGAUGCUUCUGAGAAGGAGAAUGAAGGCCCCAAGCUUGGAAGGGUGCAGAAAUCUCUGAGCUGCUCCAACUGUAAUCAAUUGGGUCACAAUAUUAAGAGUUGUCAUUGA